GGCUGUGGAAUUAGGGGAAUCGCAGUGACUCCUGAAGCAGGACCUCACGGCUGGAGCCUCUUUUUUUUGACAAAGGGGGACUGUCAACAGCUACAGCGGGGAACCUGAGGCUCCACUACUUCCCUUUUUUGACCAUUUCAUUGUUCAACGUCAAAAGAGGGAGUAGAGUUUCGACGGCUGUGAACAGAAAGGCAGGAAUGGGGACACUGAAUGAACUCUGUGUGUCCAGCCUUCAGGCUUUCUUGUGUCCGGCUGUGAAGACGCUGCAGCAGGAUCCUCAGGUGCCAGAUGACCUCACUCCAGAGGAGCAGCAGGAGCUGGAGAACAUCCGCAGGCGCAAGCAGGAGCUUCUGCUGGACAUUCAGCGGCUGAAGGAUGAGAUAGCAGAAGUGAACAGCGAGAUCGAGAACCUGGAUUCCACAGAGGAAAGGAAGAAUAUGCAGAGGAACAAACAUGUAGCCAUGGGCCGAAAGAAAUUCAACAUGGACCCCAAAAAGGGGAUCCAGUUUCUUAUUGAGAAUGACUUGCUGAAGAAUACCAGCGAGGACAUUGCUCGAUUCCUCUACAAAGGAGAGGGUCUCAACAAAACAGCUAUUGGGGAUUACCUUGGAGAGAGAGAUGACUUCAAUAUCCAAGUCCUCCAUGCCUUCGUGGAACUUCAUGAGUUCACAGACCUUAACCUGGUUCAGGCCCUGAGGCAGUUCCUGUGGAGUUUUCGGCUGCCGGGAGAAGCGCAGAAAAUCGACCGGAUGAUGGAAGCCUUCGCUCAACGCUAUGUCCAAUGCAAUUCCAAAGUUUUCCAGUCCACAGACACCUGUUACAUCCUGUCAUUCGCCAUCAUCAUGCUAAACACCAGCCUUCACAAUCCAAACGUGAAGGACAAGCCGUCAGUGGAGCGGUUCAUCUCCAUGAACAGGGGUAUAAACGACGGAGGAGACUUGCCUGAAGACCUUCUCACGAAUCUGUACGACAGCAUAAAAAAUGAACCGUUCAAGAUCCCAGAAGAUGACGGCAACGACCUCACACACACUUUCUUUAACCCAGACAGAGAAGGCUGGCUGCUCAAACUGGGAGGACGAGUUAAGACGUGGAAGAGGAGAUGGUUUAUCCUGACAGACAACUGUCUUUACUAUUUUGAGUUCACAACAGACAAAGAACCUCGAGGAAUCAUCCCACUGGAGAAUUUGAGCAUCAGGGAGGUGGAGGAUAAGAAGCCUAACUGCUUUGAGCUUUUCAUUCCUGAAAACAAAGACCAGGUGAUCAAAGCGUGCAAAACGGAGGCAGACGGGCGGGUUGUCGAGGGAAACCACACCUUCUACCGCAUCUCGGCUCCCACGCCGUUAGAAAAAGAACAAUGGAUGAACAGCAUAAAAGCUGCCAUCAGCAGGGACCCAUUUUAUGAGAUGCUAGCAGCCAGGAAGAAGAAGGUUUCCUCCAUGAAGCGGCACUAGAGCUGCUUCCCUUUUCCAAAGCUGCACUUCACAGAGCAUGAGGUCUGGAUGUGUGCUCACUGUCUGGGCUGGUGCCGAGGCCUUAUUAAUAAGGCUUACCUCAGAAAUUUCCAAAGACGACAUCCCCAGCCUGGUUUUGGGCCUCCACACAGAAGCAUGCGGAGGUUGUAGAUGAGUCGGAGGUCAGAGCUUCCCGACCCGAAUGUCUUUUCCACUCAGCUUUGUAUGUUCUGUCUGAGGUUGAAAGCGAAGAUUGCUGUUGGAACGCAGCAAAAUCCUCUUUCGAGAUGCAAAAAAACAGGCCUCAAUCCCAGUAUGCGUGGCACAUGUAUGACGCUGUACUCUCAUGCAGUCCCCCGUUGCACACAUCAUUUAAACUCAGCAGGUCUGACCGGGUGUGGCACCCCAACCAAGAUAUUCCUCACCUCACAGGAAAGCUGAAAGCUUUUCCUGGCGUGCUUUAACUUGUAUUGGAAUAUGUGUCUAUUUUUACAGAGUUACUGUUCAAUUCUGUUGAAUUUUCUUUUUAGUUUGCUUUUGUAAACCAAAAUGAUCUUGCAGUAGAAGCUACAGAAAGUUUUUUUUUUUCAACCGUUAGUUCUUUUACAAAGAAAAAAAUCAGUUCCAAAACGGUUGCACUCAGGAGAUUGCUUUAACAAUAAAUAAGUAGAAUAAAUUCUUAAGUCCCCUUUUAGUGGAUGAUGAUCAUGUAAGAAUGGAUGCGCUUGGCUGGUUUGAGGACUGAACUGCUUUUGUAAAUGUGAAAUCAUAGAGGGCGGCGUCUGCUUGUCAGGAACGGCUCUGACAUUUGGAUGUGAUGCAAAGAAAUUCAUUUCCUGGAAGUACUGAAGAUGCAAGAAGAGGCUCUGGCUUUUUUUUUUUAAACUGAGAUUUGACUCCAACACAAGAUUCCUCAUGUGUCAAACAGUCAUUCAGAUGAAAACUAAAGUUGCUGCACACUGUGGUUGGAGUGUACAUAAGAGGUGGGAAACAUUGCUGCUGGUUGGCAACCUGAGUUGGGGUCUUUUUGGUUUAAAGGAAACAAUUUUUAAUCUAUCUCAGUGAUAUUUGUACUGUACGCUUCAGCUUGUAAAUGUUUAACACUGUUGGUAGAUGAUUGAAAAGGCUUUAAAGAUUGCUGCCUGGAACCGAAGCGGGCUGUUCUCUAUCUAAGGGUCUUUGAUGGGAAACAGUCAGCCCUCUCUUUGUGUCAGGAAUGUACCACGCUUAUUAAAAGGAUGACCGGCGGAUCACACUGCAGCAGUAACGCAAUAAUAACAUUUUAUUUGGUCACCCAUCUUUUCUGUAGCGGUGCCUCCCCUCCUGUUUUGUCGUCUGCACUUAAUUCAGUUUGAUCUGAUCUCAACAUGAGAAUGGCUUCCGAUUUGUUCUACAUCUGGCCGCUCUUCUUCUCCGAUCCUUUCCGUACACGAGCACAUCCCCCAGAAAAGUAAGAUCGCGAAACAAAAAAUCCUUACAGUAUUGGUUUAUUUAUCAAAGUUGUACAUAUUUAAAUGUAAAGUGAAUAUUUGUACUGAUUUUUUGUUUUCCCAUUUUUUGAUUUUAUAUUAUAACCUUUUAUUUUCUUUUUAUCAGAUUUCCAUCUAUUCCAUUUAAUCAUUUUGAAAUAAAAGGUCAUUUGUCUCAA